AACAUAUCGCUCUCGCAUCCGCAUUCUAGAAUAUGUCCCUCCAGACUCGCUCUCUAGGCUCCGGCCCCGACGCUCCGCAAGUACCCUGCAUGGGCCUUGGCUUUGGCAGCCUCAGCGGCUUCUACGGACCAGCCGGGUCCCCUGAAUCCAGACUAUCCCUUCUGGAUAACGCAUACGCGGCCGGCCUUCGCUUCUGGGACCUUGCAGACAUCUACGGCGAUGCAGAGGACCUCGUCAGCGAAUGGGUGAAACGAUCCGACCCGGCCAAGCGGGAUGAUGUCUUCAUCGCAACAAAGUUCGGCCUCCAGCGGCAAGCUGACGGGAUGCAUAGAUUUCGCUCUGAUCCUGAUUAUGUAAAAGAGGCGUGCGAGAGGAGCCUGAAGAGGCUCGGUGUCAAUACUAUUGAUCUUUAUUACUGUCAUCGCGUGGAUGGGGUCACGCCGGUUGAGAGGACGGUGGAGGCUAUGGUUGAUUUAAAGAAACAAGGAAAAAUCCGGCACCUCGGCCUCUCAGACAUCUCGGCGUCAACCCUCCGCCGGGCGCACGCGGUGCACCCCAUCGCUGCGCUGCAGGUCGAAUACAGCCUAUUCACACUGGACAUCGAAUCAUCUGAGUCAGAUGUCCUACAAACAGCCCGUGAGCUUGGCGUGACUGUCAUCGCGUUCAGCCCCAUCGGACGCGGGAUUCUGUCUGGUCAAUUUACCUCCUACACAUCUAUCCCCGAGGGCGAUCUACGCCGGAUAUACCCCAAGUACGCCGAGAGCAAUUUUCCGGCAAUAUUGAAGCUUGUGAAGGGGCUGGAGAGCGUGGCGAGUGCCCAUUCCCAAAGAGCUGAGCGAAGUGUCAAGCCGGCGCAAAUCGCUCUUGCUUGGCUUCUCGCACAGGGGAACGAUGUGAUCCCGAUCCCUGGUACCAAGUCUGCGGCUAGGAUUGCUGAGGAUGUGGCAGCUGCGGCGAUUGACUUGACUGAAGGGGAACUGGAAAGGAUUAGGGCUUUGGCGGAAGAGGCGGCGAUGGGGAUCUCAGGGACAAGGUAUCCUGCUGCCGUAAUGGCCACUAUGUGCGCAGAUACGCCGCCGCUAGAGUAA